AUGGCUGCACCGAUGAAGACGAUGGUGCUGCGCAGCUCCUCGUCCCUGAUGUCUUCCUGCUCUCGAGCUGCCUUUUCCACACUGCCCGCCCGAUCCGCCAUCAUCUCCCGCCCGAUGCCCAAGGCGACGACGAUUUCCACGCACCACCUCCCCAUCGCUGCCCGCGCCAGCCGUCAGGCGACGACCAUUGCCUCGACCGCCCGCUUCUUCUCCAGCACACCCCUCCAGCAAAACGCCUCCGCCGCCGCCAGCACCAGCACCACCUCCACGGCCGCCCUCGACUGGAACUCAUUCUUCCAGCUGCGCGUGCGCCGCCGCCGCAUUCAGAUGAUCUUCUCGCUCGCCUCGGGUGUUCUCGGUGGCGGCGCGGGCGCGGUCGCGCUGUCCAGCGGCGCGGCCGACGGCCUCCUCGGCAUGGUGCCGCUCGACCCCUUCGUCACGCUGGGCAUCGCCACGCUGUGCGCCGGCGGCCUCGGCUGGCUCGUCGGCCCCAGCAUCGGUAGCCAGGUCUUCUACCUGCUCAACCGCCGCUACAAGACGCAGAUGCUGCAGAAGGAGAGCGAGUUCCUGACGCGCGUCAAGAAGCACCGCAGCGACCCAACGCAGUCAAGCACCAGCAACCCAGUCCCCGACUACUAUGGCGAGAAGAUUUCGAGCGUCGCCGGCUACCGUCGCUGGCUCAAGGACCAGCGUGCGUUCAACCGCAAGAAGAACGCCAACUUUUUAUAA